GGAGGAGGAGGAGGAGGCGGAGGAGGCGGCGGCUCCCCCGCGGCCGCGCGUUGCGGCGAUGCCGGACCAGAUCUCGGUGUCGGAAUUCGUGGCCGAGACCCAUGAGGACUACAAGGCGCCCACGGCCUCCAGCUUCACCACGCGCACCGCCCAGUGCCGGAACACAGUGGCGGCCAUCGAGGAGGCUCUGGAUGUGGACCGGAUGGUUCUCUACAAGAUGAAGAAGUCUGUGAAGGCAAUUAACCUCUCUGGGCUGGCACACGUGGAGAAUGAGGAGCAGUACACCCAAGCCUUGGAGAAGUUUGGGGGCAACUGUGUGUGCAGGGACGACCCAGACCUGGGGAGUGCGUUCCUCAAGUUCUCCGUGUUCACUAAGGAGCUGACGGCACUCUUCAAGAAUCUGAUUCAAAAUAUGAACAACAUCAUCUCCUUCCCUCUGGACAGUUUGCUGAAAGGGGAUCUGAAAGGCGUGAAGGGGGAUCUGAAAAAGCCGUUUGACAAAGCGUGGAAGGACUACGAAACAAAAAUAACCAAGAUAGAGAAGGAGAAGAAGGAGCACGCCAAGCUGCACGGGAUGAUUCGCACUGAGAUCAGCGGGGCGGAGAUCGCCGAAGAGAUGGAGAAGGAGAGGCGGUUCUUCCAGCUGCAGAUGUGUGAGUAUCUGCUGAAAGUCAAUGAAAUCAAGAUUAAAAAGGGAGUGGAUCUGCUUCAGAAUCUCAUCAAAUAUUUCCACGCUCAGUGCAAUUUUUUCCAGGAUGGACUGAAAGCUGUGGAAAGUCUCAAACCUUCCAUUGAAACGCUGUCGACGGAUCUCCACACGAUCAAGCAGGCCCAGGACGAAGAGAGGCGGCAGCUGAUGCAGCUCCGAGACAUCUUGAAGUCGGCCCUGCAGGUGGAGCAGAAGGAGUCUAGGAGAGACUCACAACUCCGCCAGAGCUCGGCCUACAGUCUGCAUCAGCCGCAGGGCAACAAGGAGCAUGGCACGGAGCGCAGUGGCAGCCUCUACAAGAAGAGUGACGGGAUCCGGAAGGUGUGGCAGAAGAGGAAGUGCUCCGUGAAGAACGGCUUUCUGACUAUUUCCCACGGGACUGCUAACCGGCCUCCUGCCAAGCUCAACCUCUUGACCUGCCAAGUGAAGACCAACCCGGAGGAGAAGAAAUGCUUCGACCUGAUCUCACACGACAGGACGUACCACUUCCAGGCCGAAGACGAGCAGGAGUGUCAGAUCUGGAUGUCCGUGCUGCAGAACAGCAAAGAGGAGGCGCUCAACAACGCGUUCAAGGGUGACGACAGCGCGGGGGAGAACAACAUCGUGCAGGAGCUGACCAAGGAGAUCAUCUCCGAGGUCCGCAGAAUGCCGGGCAACGACGUGUGCUGUGACUGCGGGGCGCCAGAUCCCACGUGGCUUUCCACCAACCUGGGCAUCCUGACGUGCAUUGAGUGUUCCGGAAUCCACCGCGAGCUGGGGGUCCACUACUCCAGGAUGCAGUCUCUUACCUUGGAUGUACUGGGGACAUCUGAGCUACUGCUCGCCAAGAACAUCGGGAAUGCGGGCUUCAACGAGGUGAUGGAGUGCUGCCUGCCGGCCGAGGGCUCCGUCAAGCCCAGCCCUGGCAGUGACAUGAACGCAAGGAAGGACUACAUCACGGCCAAGUACAUUGAAAGGAGGUUCGCGAGGAAGAAACACACAGAUAACGCGGCGAAGCUACAUAGCCUGUGCGAGGCCGUCAAGGCCCGAGACGUGUUUGGGUUACUACAGGCCUGCGCCGACGGGGUGGACCUCACCGAGAAGAUCCCGCUGGCCAAUGGACACGAGCCAGACGAGACGGCACUGCACCUGGCUGUCAGAUCUGUGGACCGGACAUCGCUCCACAUUGUGGACUUUCUGGUUCAGAACAGUGGGAACCUGGACAAGCAGACGGGGAAGGGCAGCACAGCGCUGCACUACUGCUGCCUGACGGACAACAACGAGUGCCUCAAGCUGCUGCUCCGGGGCAAGGCCUCCAUCGAGAUAGCCAACGAGGCAGGAGAGACACCGCUGGACAUUGCCAAGCGCCUCAAACACGAGCACUGUGAGGAACUGCUGAACCAGGCCUUAUCCGGAAGGUUCAAUUCUCACGUCCAUGUGGAGUAUGAAUGGCGGUUGCUGCACGAAGACCUGGACGAGAGUGAUGACGACAUGGACGAGAAGUUGCAGCCCAGCCCCAACCGGCGAGAGGACCGGCCCGUCAGCUUCUAUCAACUGGGAUCUGGACAGCUGCCGUCCAACUCUGCCUCUUUGGCCCGAGACACCACCAGCCUUGCCAAGGACAAGCAGAGGGGCUUCGGGCCCAGCAUCUUGCAGAACGAGACCUAUGGUGCCAUCCUGAGCGGCAGCCCACCCCCUGCCCAGCCCUCAGCUCCCAGCACCACGAGCGCCCCCCCACUGCCCCCUCGGAAUGUUGGCAAAGUUCAGGCAGCCUCUGCUAACGCCCUGUGGAAGACAAACGCCGUGAGCGUGGACGGGGGAAGCAGGCAGAGAUCUUCGUCAGAUCCGCCAGCUGUCCACCCGCCGCUGCCCCCUCUCCGCGUCACGUCUACCAAUCCUCUUACCCCCACGCCGCCCCCUCCCGUCGCCAAGACACCCAGCGUGAUGGACACCCUGAGCCAGCCCAGCAAGCCUACCCAGCCUGGGGUCUCGCAGAGCAAGGCCCCACCCCUGCCGCCCCAGCCGCCCAGCCGUCUCCCCCAGAAGAAGCCGGCUCCUGGGGCUGACAAGUCAACCCCGCUGAUCAACAAGGGCCAGUCCAGGGGACCUGGAGACAUCUCAGGAACAGAAGCUCUGGGUACUCUGUCCAAUGCCAUGGUCCUGCAGCCCCCUGCGCCCAUGCCCAGGAAGUCACAGGCGACCAAGUGGAAGCCCAAGCGAGUCAAGGCGCUCUACAACUGCGUGGCCGACAAUCCGGACGAGCUGACCUUCUCCGAGGGCGAUGUGAUUGUCGUGGACGGCGAGGAGGAUCAGGAGUGGUGGAUCGGCCACAUCGACGGAGACCCCAGCCGCAAAGGAGCGUUCCCCGUGUCAUUUGUGCACUUUACCACCGACUGAACUGCUGCGGAACAAACAGUGGCGCUUUUCCCAGCUGUCCCUCUUUCGUCACUGGUACCGACACCCUUGCCCAGGUACCGGUUUCGUGAACUGAAAAGUAGCCCAUUUUUUUCAAACACCUCUGUUCUGUUUUACAAACUCGAAGGUCGUUUUUUAUAUCUUGGUGGUUUUUAUAAUUUGUGAUUAUCAUGAAACAUUGCUAUACCUUUCUUAGGGAGAACCAAAUUACCUAAAAAGGUGAACAGAAGAGUUAUUUUAACUACACAAAUCCCUAGAGUGUGCACAAUUUAACUACACAUCCCUAGAGUGUGCUCAGACAAAAAAAUCCUAAGAGCUUUGGAUAUUAACUCUUCUUGCUCCCCUUCACCCAGUUAUGGGAUUGGCGACCUUUAGUGCAACUAGUAUUUUAGGGAGCCAGUUAACUGCCAUUUCAGGGGUCCACUGCCCAGCCCUGGACUUUGAUACUUGCCAUUAGUUCACCUCUAAACACAUCUAGUCCUUGGAAACCCACUCAACGUUUGCUUCAAGCAACCUGGAAAUGUACCCACAGGCCUUGUCCUUCCUAGUCCCGGCUUGAGAGGGUGGAGCCAUCACUAUAUUCUGCAUGUGUGUGACCUGUUGUGAACAAUCAUACUUAAACUACUGAUGCUCUGUUAACCUACACCAGGGUGGUGGGCGGGCAUGCCAGUUAAGGCCGUUCUGGGAGGCUUUUGGCCUGCAGUUCCUGACUCCAGUGGCAAGCCAGGGACGACGGAUUGCAGGUGUCCUGGCAACGCAUCUGCAAGCCAGGUGUUUUUGUUCCCCUUACCUCCCUGAGCUCUCAGACGGCAGCUGCCCCGAGCAGCACUCCAGCACGGUCCGUGCCGGCUGCUCAUGUUCCUUGCUGGCUCCGGUGAGAUCCCACUGCUUCCCUUUCUUCUAGCUCCGAGAAAGUCCCUCAGCUUCGUGUCGUGUAUUUAUAGAACGUGUCGACAGGAAACCUGUCUGGAAAUCUACCCUGUCCACUUGUGUGUGCUUUGAGUGCCUGCCAGGACCCCGUAGGUCCCGGAGGGUGGAGUCCUCCCACAACCCAGUUGUACUUUAAAAGCCAUCGUAGCAUUCCCUACACAUAUACUGCUUGGGGAAGGGUGGGGUUAGCUUGUAUGUGAUAAAACCAAAACUCAUUAGUCUGAUGAACUCUGUCAUACCUCUUUGCAGUUGUUGAGCGUGCGAUUCCUGUAGGAAUAUUGGAAAGUUUGGCACUGUUUGAGAAGAGCUGGGUAUCUGGUGCCUGCUUGGGUUUUUAACAAAAGUAAAGGGACAAAUUGCAGUCCAGGCUUGGAGAGCAAGGCAGCAGUGCUGGCUGUGGGAUGGUACAUUGGACGGAAGCGGCAUAGUAGGCGAGACUUCCAAGAGUAGCUUUUGUUCAGUUUCUUAGCACUGUAGCUUUUGUUUGCUAUCAUAAAGGAAGACCGAACAAACUGGAAUAUUUUAUGAUGUUGCAUAGCUUUUUUUUUUUUUUCUCCUUUUAAAGUUCUGGUGAAAUGUGUAAUUAGCCUUUUUCUUUUUAAAGCACUACAUGUAUUUUCACUAAUUGUUAAUUUCUGUUGUUUGAACCCUCCAUUUAGUUAACUUCCUCGCAGAUUGAAGAGGGUAAGCGGAUGUAUUUUGCACAGUGCACUUCUUAAGCCUCUCUCAGUGCUCCUGCAUCUGCACCCUCGCCUCGAGGCUAGCCGGGGCUGCGGCUGGACGGCUGAUCCAGUCCCCAGACUAACCUGUCAGGCUCGCUGGUACAUACAUAUCUAAGAAAUAUUUUCCCAGUCGACAGUUUUGUGGUGCUAUUGUGCAGCAAUGAACAGUACUCUUGCCAGUGGAGAAAUUAUACUAACUUCCCUGCUAACAUCCUUUCCUGUUUAUUUGCUCUUUGCAAAUAAAAAAAAAAAAAAGAGAGAGAGAGAGAGAGAAAGGAAAACAUUGUAGAUAUCUAUUUAUAUUUAAAGUUUAUGUUUCAUGGACUUGGGCUGUAGGAUUCGGCAUGUCGCGUGCCACUUUCCCCAGCUCCAGCCUUGGGGACGCUGGCUUGGUCAUGGCGCACGCGGAGACGGAUGGGUGACGGGACGUGAAGCUUGGAACACUGUCCUGAGGUGUAUGAUAUUCAGUUCAUUCAAUUCCUUUGGUCUAGUUGCAGCGCGACUGUAUAUAUUGUAUAACCUAGAUUGAUUCUUAUUUUCAUUGUCCUUAAUGCAUUGAUUUAUAAUUAGAGCAUGUCUAAUAAAGUUUACUCCUCUUGUUAACUAGUCAUUUGACUGGAAAAAAAAUAAAAUACUUUUAAAUGGA